GUGGUACACUGUGUGAGAUUGGACCUGGUCGUCCCCGGCAGAGUUCUUAGAAUUGGCUGUGAUACCGGACCUUCCACGUGGUACCCGAACACUGAAGAUGCGCGCGCUAGUGCUGGCGGUGCUGGUGGCGGCGUCGGCGGCGUACGGCCCGCCCUCCAAAAACAACAACAACAACAAUCCCUUCACAAGGAACAACUGCGGCUCCGGCGGGUGUGGGCAGGUCGCCUCCAGCGGCUGCUCGAGCGGCUGCUCCGGCGGUCAGCGCUUCACGAAGCAGACGUUCAGCUGCGGCGGUAGCGGCUGCGGCGGGUGCACGGGCAGCGGCUGCGUCCAGCCGCCCCUGAGUGUGUCGGGCCAGUACUGGUGGGAGGGAGACAACUCGCCCUUCAAAGUGCCGCCCGGACACCACGUGACCAGCGUAGACAACUCGUGCGGAGGCACCGGCUGCACCACCUCCAUCACCACCUGCGGGGGCUCCGGCUGCCCUCCGGCCCAGUCACUCCCACAGCCGCCCCAGCCGCAGAGGCCCACGUUCAACCCGGUCCCGCAAGCGCCGCAGCCGCAGAGGCCCUCGUUCAACCCGGUGCCGCAAGCGCCGCAGCCGCAGAGGCCCUCGUUCAACCCGGUGCCGCAAGCGCCGCAGCCCGCCCGCCCGCCGCGGCCUGUGAGCGACAACAACCUGGUGAUGCCGCCCAUGGGCAUCUGCCCCGCCACAUUUGUGUGCGUGCACUGGCAGCUGUGUCGCGACGGCUUCGUCAUCACGGACGGCACCGGCGAGAUCAACAAGCAGAUCAAGGAGAUCCCGGUGCAGGUAUCGUCGAGGUACCGCAGCUGCGGCACGAACAUGGUGUGCUGCGGCGUGCCCUCCUUCAGCGCGCCCCCCGUGCAGAACCCCCCCGGCGCACCCCGCCCCCUCCCGGCCAGCCCCGCCCCCCAGGCCCCCCCCAGCUUCCAGCAGCCUCCCGCCCCCCUGCCGACGCAGCGCCCCCUCCCGCGCCCGACGGCCCGCCCUCAGCUGCGCCCCCCCACGUCCCGCCCUUCGUCGGGAGGCUACGCGAGCCCCACCGUGCCCCAGAACCCCCUGAGGCCGGCGCCGCAGCCGCCCGCCCGCCCGCCGAGGCCCGCGCCCAACGCCAACAACGGCUUCAACUCGCAGCCCACCAUCGUGAACCAGGCCGGCCCCGUGCCGCCCGCGCAGACCGGCUACAACCGCCCCAGCCCGCAGCCCAACCGCCCGCGCCCGCAGCCCAACGUGCCCAUCAGCAACCCGAUCGGCCUGGUGUCUCCGCCCAGCCCGCAGCCCAUGGGCAUGAUGGGAGGCAUGAUGGGCGGCAUGAUGCCCAUGGUGGGCGGGACGUGCAGCGCCGGCACCUACUGCGUCGCCCCCAACCAGUGCAACCCCUACACCGGCUUCAUCAUCACGGACCCGACGCAGCUGAUGGCGGUCUGGCCGGACGCGCCCACGGUGCCGCUCCUGCCAUGCUUCGUUCCCGGCGCUGGACAAAUCCAAGAUGGCGUCUGCUGUCAACAAGCCCACCCUCGAGCCGGAGGUCUUGAUUAAACUACGCCUCCUUCUCCUGCUGCCACGCCCCCCUGCCUUCCUGCCACGCCCACCUGUUAUCCUGCCACGCCCCCCCUGCCCCUCUCAGCUCCACGCUCUUGAAAUACCAAGAGGAAUAUCCGAUUAUUUCCGUUAUUCUAGUGACCUGUGUUUCUGUGUAUUUCUUAUUUUCUUUGCGUUUCCAUUUAUCCGAUUUGCUUUGUUUCUCUUUCUCCGACAUUUCCGUGGCGAGAACUGCAUGUGAAGAGAGAAAGAGAUUUUGAUUUUUUUAAUCAUUCUGUUUUGUUAUUAUCAAGAUAUUUAGAUUUUUUUUUACGAUUUUUUAUUCUUUAUCUUACACAUGUGGCAUUUUAUCAAUAUUUUGAAUUAAUUUAUAAAUAGAAGAAUAUAUAUAACAUCAAAGGUAAAAGAGAAAAGUCAUAAAAAUUAUUUAAAAAAAUAGUGAUAAGCGUAAUUAAGAUUUGAAACGAAAAUCAAUAAUUCUCGAUUGAAAAUAUCAGUAGAUAAAUAGAUGGAUAUAUAAAGAAGAGAAAUCAAAUAUUCUACGAAAGUUAUAUAUUAUCUUCAGAAAUUUUAUUUAACUUUUUUAUAAGGAAGUUAUCGGAAUAUUUUUUUGUUUUUUUCUUUUGAUAGAAUUUACUAGACAAGAAUAAAUUCGGGCAUUUUAGUGUUGUAGAUUUUUUUUUAAGAUAUUAUAGUCUCUCAAUGGAAAAAAAAUCAUAAUAUUUUCUCCUUGUUUCAAGUUACAGACCUUCAGGGAAAUAUUUAUUUAAAAAGAUAUCUCUCCCGAAAAAAAAAUUAACGAUUUCAUAAAAAGGAGUCACAUCUUGGUAUAAAAAAAUUCCUUUAGAUUUUAGACAGACAAAAAAAAUAUCUGUAAAAUCAAUAAUAGUUAUAGAUUUUUCUCGAGGAUCUGUUAGCCUUAAGGACAUUGAUUGUGUGUAUAUAUAUAAUCUUAAACUAUAUAGAAUCUAUUUUAUUACUAUCAAAUUUUUCAAGCAUUGGUCAAGGAUAUGUUACUCGCUUUUAAAUGUUAUUCUCAAAGCAUCCUGAGUUUCAACAUAUUUUUUUUUUCUCUCGUGAAAUAAAACUCUAUUCUACCAUAUUAUUUAUGAUUAAUACUUUCAGGUGAACAAAUAAACAGUCUGUAUGGUU